GCGGCUGGCGGCGGCGGCUGCAGCCCCAGGGCCGGCGAGCGAGGCUGGGCCAGGCCGCGGGGCCGCCCGUGAGCCGGGGCAGGACGCGCGCGAUUUUGGGGGGACGCAGCCGGGCAGGUUUAUUGUUUUAGGGGCGACUCCCCCCCGCGUUUGGGGGCGUCCCGGGGGGCUCGGGACAUGGCGAGCUCGGCUAACACAAACCCCGUGCCUAAAUUGUACAGGUCUGUAAUUGAAGAUGUCAUCAAUGAUGUCAGAGAAGUUUUUCUGGAUGAAGGAGUGGAUGAACAAGUUCUUAUGGAACUCAAAACACUGUGGGAGAACAAGCUGAUGCAGUCCAAGGCUGUAGAUGGCUUCCACUCAGAAGAGCAGCAGCUUUUGCUGCAGGUGCAACAGCAGCAACAGCAACAGCAGCAACAACAGCAUCACCACCACCAUCAUCAUACGCAACCUCAGCCACAGCAGACUGUGCAGCAGCAGUCUCAACCACAACAGGUCCUUAUUCCAGCAUCUCAGCAAGCACCUCAGCAGCAGGUUAUUGUGCCAGAUUCCAAGCUAAUACCACAUAUGAAUGCAUCAGGCAUGAGUGCUGCAGCUACUGCAGCUACGUUGGCUCUCCCUGCUGGAGUUACUCCUGUUCAGCAGAUACUUACAAAUUCAGGUCAGAUCCUCCAAGUAGUUAGAACUGCAAAUGGAGCUCAGUAUAUCAUUCAGCCACAGCAGCCAGUUGUUCUACAGCAGCAGGUCAUACCACAAAUGCAGCCUGGCGGUGUGCAAGCACCUGUUAUUCAGCAGGUUUUGGCUCCUAUCCCUGGAGGUAUUUCCCAGCAGACAGGAGUGAUUAUUCAGCCUCAGCAGAUCCUGUUUACAGGAAAUAAAACACAAGUUAUACCUACAACAGUGGCUGCCCCUACACCUGCCCAAGCACAGAUUCCUGCAGCUGCUCAACAGCAACCGCAACAACAACAGGCACAGCCACAAGCACCGCUUGUGCUCCAGGUUGAUGGGGCAGGAGACACAUCAUCAGAGGAAGAAGAAGAUGAGGAAGAAGACUAUGAUGAUGAUGAAGAAGAAGACAAAGAAAAGGAUGGAGGUGAAGAUGGCCAGGUUGAAGAGGAACCCCUUAACAGUGAAGAUGAUGUGAGUGAUGAGGAAGGACAAGAACUGUUUGAUACAGAAAAUGUUGUUGUGUGCCAGUAUGAUAAGAUCCACAGAAGUAAAAACAAAUGGAAAUUUCACCUCAAAGAUGGCAUCAUGAAUCUUAAUGGAAGAGAUUAUGUAUUUUCCAAAGCCAUAGGGGAUGCAGAAUGGUGAAGUUUUUAAGACAAAGCAAAAAAACAAAAAACAAAAAUGAAAAAACAAAACCACCUCCCUGUAAGAGGAAAAAAAAAAUCGAAAGCAGGAAAGGUUGAGACUUGGACAUAUAUUUCAACCAAAAUAUGUAUCUGCACAUCAGAAAUAAAGCAUAAUGAAAACUGUCGGAACAAAGAUAAAAUGUGGCAACAAAGACACUACUUCAGAUGAGCAAGCCAUGGACUGUAGCAGCUAUAGCAUUGUCUGGGAGCUGAUUUUGUGUGUUAGGAAUACCUUAAUUAUCAAAUCUACAUACAGGUACCUACAGCUGGUAUUUAGCAUGUAAGGCUUUGUCUCCCCUUUCUUCCCUUGGUUUAAGAUUUUAAAAUAUUUCUUCCACUGAUUGAAGGAACUCUUCCUUUUGAUAGAUUAUUAAUCUGAAAAUGCUUAUUGUGUGUACAAAUCUUUGCUUUGAACACUUCCUUUUGGUAGUGAGGAUGGUAAGAAUGUUAAACUGCGUGCAAGCUUUGUACAGAAGGGUAAGAAUUAAGGUGUUAAAAUUUUAAAUAACGUGUAUAAGGAAAAUAUUUUUAAUUCUGAUAAGCUCAUUAAUUAUUAUAUCUAUUUGUGGUUUUCAAUUCCAUUCCCCAUAAGCAAGUUCUUGUUCCUAGCAGUUACAAAAUGGUAAAACGAUCAUUUAUAUUUCAAAAUUAUUUUUAUUUGAUGUGAAUGGCAUCUUUUAUUUAGGUCUAUAUUUUUUUAAAUACUAAGCACCUGUAGCUCCUCCCUCCCCCCCCCAAAGGUCAGACUGCUUAACUCUUUAACUGUAUUAUUGCUGUUUGAUGGUUGUUCAGCAUCGUUGAAUUGAAAGGAAUAAUAACAGUUUCUACUGACUUCUUAAAUAGGCUUUGGGGAGACCUUUUGAAUGAAAUGUGUAGGUAAUCACACAAUAGAUGAAUUCCUUCACUUAAAUACUACAUCUGUAGUCCAGAUAUCCACAAGUAUUUGAACAGACCACAGGAAUGACUAAAUUUUUAAUAUAGAAAAUCACAUAGAAGUUCUUUUAGCUGCAAGUCUGUUAAUCAAAGGUUUGCUUACUAAAAAGCAUAGCCUUAAAUUACCUGCAGCAGUUAAUCUCUAAAGUUUCCAGGGGCAAAUAGUUUCAUGAAGAGUUGCACAGCUUUGAGAACACAAACUUUGUUAGAGUAUCUUUAGGCUGACUUGGUUAUGGAAGAUCAAGUAGUCAGAUGCACUAAACCUCAUGUAAUAGCUUUUUCACUUGCCUUUUCUAGAGUGACUUUAUUGUUGUUGUAAAAAGCAGCAUAAUGGUUCCCCAGCCCCCGCUCCUCCCCCCCCCCCACUCCUGUCCUGAGAAUUUUGAACACAUUUUCUUCAUGCAGUUUCGAAUGAGGAGAGGGACUGGGCAUUAUACUUAAACUGUUGAGGAAGAAAUGUUCAUGUGUCUCACCAAUUCCAAAAAUGCUGUUUUGUUGGGUGCUUGGAAAACACAAUGAAAAGGACGCAGCAAUAAUUUUAAUGAAUUGGGGAAGAAUUCAGAAGGAGACACUUGACCCACAAUUUCUGGCCUUUCUUCUUGAGAAUGAAAUUUUUAAAACAUUAUUUAACAAAGUCAUAAGUGUAUUUUAGCAGUUUCUAAGCACUAUUCUUAUUUCAUUCUGCUUUACUAGCUACCAAGGGCAUUCAUAGUCUCAGUAGCGUGUAGAAAAUUCAAAUACAUUGUAAAAAAGGGAUAUUUUUUUUGCUCUGACUUUUCACACUUGUGCUCUCAUUGACACAGACUGAAACUGUCUGUAGGCUGUGUCUAGAGCUGUGUUUGUUUAGUAAGCUAUCUGCUACAUAAGCUUUAGAAAAGUUAAUUUCUGGUUUUACUAAUUCAUUGUUAAAUAGUGACAUAAUCAUACAGAGUACGCUUUUUGGCUCGAGGCUUCAAGGUAUCUCCAGAUGACUGGUGUUUGCUUUCUUCUGAACAAAACAAAACUUUUUUUUUAUCGUUGACACUUAAAAUAUGUAUAACUGCAAUUAAAUCAACAAUGUAUUGGCUACUUCCUUUCCUCAUCUUUCUCAAAUCUAUUACCAGUAAGUCUUUAAAAAUGGACUUCAAACAUAAAUCCCAUAAUGCUGCAAAACUCAAUCAGUAAAAAGGGAAAAAAAUCAUUUUAGGUAUAGAUUCCUGUUUAUGCUACUGCAAACCGGAUUACUGUACAACACUUGAUUUUCAUACAUCUUUGAUUUUUCACCCACUUGUGUAUACUAGAAGCUGCAUAGCCUUUUUAUUUCUUUCUAACGGAUGCCAGAACUUUAAAGGUAACUUAAGCAUAGCUUGUUUUGAAGGAUGUUAGAAGCUAUCUGAACUUGCACAGCCUCUUGAAGGCUAACCGUGUGGUAUGCUUGUCAUAUAAGAAGUUUUGUCUUCAAAUACAAGUACCUGUGAAGUUUUCUGAAAGCCAGUCAAACAUGAACAUACCAAACUGUGCUCUUAUUGCUACAUCAAGUGUUCCUUUUUUAAAUCAAAAAGCAUGUUUUAAUUUCAUUUUAUUGUAGCGGCUUGCUGUAAAAAUGUAGUUUGCUUAAUUUUAUUAUUGUACUUGAAUUUUUAAUCAUGGUUUUAACAAUGUAACUGAACAGACCAUUUCAUUAGGUUCCACAGAAACCAUUCCUUUCAGAGGGCAAGGGAUUCUCAUUGUUCAUAAUCUAUAAAUGAUUCCCCCCACACACCUUGGAAAUAGAUUUUUUUUUCAUUUAAAUAGUUCAGUAUUAUGGAAGCAAUUAGUGAUUUGAAGAGGGCUUAUGUUUAAAUUUGCACAGAUAAUGGAGCACCUUUUUAUGAUGGAAAAAUAUGGGGAAAGAUAACUUCAUAAUUUUAACCACAGUGGCUGAUGCAAACUUGCAGAGGAACUAGGCAAAACCAGUAGUCUUACGACUUUUCAAUUUGCAGAAUACCUGUUUUGCCAACAUGACAAAGAAGAAAGAAGAUUUCCUGCAGUGCUUCAAUCAUAAAAACAACUGUUUUGCUCUAAUUUUAUUGGGUUUUAGUGUGUAUAAUCAUUUAAAAAUAUCUAAGUUGAAAAACAAUUGAUGGUUCUUUUCUGUUAAAGAGGUAAUAGAGAAUUUAGUCACAUAAGGAACUUAAUGUUGGACUAUUUAAAUGUUUUCUUUUUUUAAAUUAUUUUCCCCCUCAGUUGCUGGUUAGUGACAAGAUUUCUUUAAGGUUUCACACUCCUUGUUCCUGCGUUGUAAUCAGAAGUUGCAUUUGAAAGUCAUUCAGUUCUCUAAUCACAAUUUAAAGCAAAAAUUGUGGUCUGAGUUCAUUUCCAAGACUAUGAUACAUGAUUCUGAAGCAGUUUCUAUAACGGAUCAAAGAAAAUACUGUCAUAUAAUGAAAGUUUUCAUACUUUUUUUUUCUAUUCUACAGAGUAGGAGUGUUAAAGUAAACUUCAUAGGGUUUUAGUUUGUGAAGAUACUAUUUGGUAGUUAACAGUAAUUAUGGCACCAUAAAACAAUCUGAUUAAAAUUUUGUAAUUUCAGUGCAGGAGUUAGAGACCUAGUGAACUAAAAUUCAUUUUGAGUCAGUCUCUUUGAUUUAUAAAAAGUUCCCUUAAAAAAAAAAAAAAAAAAAAAUCACCUCCAAAACCUAAAAAUCCCCCCAAACCCCAAAGCUUUCCAAUAGGGAAUGCAACAAGAAGUGCAGGAAGUGAACAGUGGUUUUAGGAUAAUGUGCACUGGGUUAAUACUGGGCUGCCUUGCAGAGUGUUGCGGGGUUGUUGUGCCCUUGACUGCCCCUUCUCCUCCCAUGGAAAUCAGAGUUGUUUUCAGACUUUGAGAUUAUUGAUAACAAAAGAUGAAGAAACUUGCACAUUUUUACGUAUAGAUGUCUCGCGUUUAAAGUCUUGUUUUUCCAUUACUGUGAUUGGUUGGGAAAUGUGUUUAAAGAACAAAACAAACAAACAAAAAAAAUCCUAGUCCUUUGGUUUCCCUGUUGUCUACUUUUUUAAUAUUAUUACUAGGUUUUUUUAAGCAGUUCAUGCAGUGUAUUUUUCAGUUGUUAUUUGGUGGAUUAGACAUUGUGGAACAAAAGGAACUUUUUUAACAGGAAGAACUGCCUUCGGUUAGCUACAUGUACAGUCAUCCUAUGAGACAUGUUCCAGAAUGCAUAGGGUACCAAUAAAAUAUGGAGUGGGGGAAUAUCCUUCUUUGCUGUUCUGAGCUACUAUUGUCAACUGCUGUUGUACAUAUACUGUUAUGUGUAAGGGGGUAAAUAUAUUUAUUAUGUUUGUAAAAUUCAUUCUGUACAAUUGCAGAUCAAGGUUGCUCCUCUGUGAUAUACAGGAUAUUAUGUUUCGAAGGCCAUGCUUGGAAUACAAUUAUAGAACUUAGUAUUUUGAUGUACUAAGACCUAUUUUAAGUUUAAUAUUUUGCCUUUGCAAAAACUUUAAUUAAAGAUGUUAUUUAAAAA